AUGCCCUCUUUAGAUACACCCGAUGCGAAACGACACAAACCCAAUACCACCACCAAGGCUGGCUCAGCACUGGGGUCAGCUCUGAAGAAGAAAGCGCCCCCUGGACCGGUGUACGAGAAGGGAAUAGAAUAUUGGGAUGGGGUGGACGCUAGUGUCAAUGGUGUGUUGGGUGGGUAUGGCGAAGGGCCCGUCCCGCACAUCGAACAGCUCUCUUCCCGACUCCUCCUCCUCUCUCUUAUUCCAUCACUAUCACCUUUCCCGAAUCCCCUCACCCCUUCACCGACACUCAAAACUCUUCCAACACAUCGUAGGACUGUGUUGGACGUAGGAGCAGGUAUAGGUCGAGUGAGCCGUCACGUAUUGUUACCGUUGUUCGAUGACGUGGUGCUACUGGAACCGGUCGAUAAGUUCGUCAGGGAGGGAUAUAGAGCAGCUUCGAGUGGGGAAUGGAGGGAUCUACCCAUACAGAAUGGAGACGAUGAAGAACAGAAACGAAGAUUGGAACAGCAGCAAAGAGACACCAAAGAUGGAAAAGGGAGAGGCAAGAGGGUGAGAUUUGUCAAGAGGGGAUUACAGAAUCUGGAUCCCAAGUAUCCAGUGGAUGAUCAAGCUGAGGAGAUUGGGUUGGUCUCUUCUCCCAGAGGUGAAGUCAAUGGAGAGGGAGGAUGUAUGGAAGAUGAGGUGCUUUAUGAUGUGAUAUGGUGUCAAUGGUGUUUAGGCCACAUGAACCAUGAAGAUCUAGUAAACUUCCUUCGAAAAGCCAAGAAAGCUCUUAGAGAAGGGGAAGAUCAUUAUAUAUUCGUCAAGGAGAAUUGCUGCGAUGAUGCUCCCGGUGGAGUCGGUCAGGAAUUCUUGGAUGAAGAGGAUUCAAGUUUGACUAGAUCACACCAAAAGUGGGUAGAUUGUUUCAUCGAAGCUGGAUUGACAGUGAAAAGGGAGGAAAUCCAACAAGGUAUGCCUGAUGAAUUGUUCGUGGUGAAAACGUAA